UGGUGAUCGGAAGAGUUACCAUCUCGUGAACGUUGUGGAAGACCAGAAGCAAAGCGUUCGCUGAGCGACAGUACUGAUAUCUUGGGUCUCGUCGUCUGAUACGUCCAUCGAUGAUCGGACGGUGCAAGGCGCCCCCCUUCCCUUAGGCUUAGUGCUGGGCUAGGAACAUAAGCGGGGACCUUGACGGCGGCGCGCGCGAGGUGCUCGAGGAAAUGCCCGUGCGAGCCCGGCGCUCUCUGGAGGCAGCAGGAACAUGCUCGUGACGCUCGGGUUCCGGCGUGCCGCCGUGCCCCGCCUCGCACGCCGCGACAUGUGUGGUGCGGCGGUUCGGCGAACCACAGCGUCGGGUUUGGUGGCGGUGGCCGGGGGCGGAGCGAGCUUCCACGACUACGACGCCGCCAUCACGGCGUGCGUCGAGAGGCGGGCGCUCAAGCAAGGAAGGCAGGUGCACGCGCACAUGGUCACGGCGAGGUACCGCCCGCCCGUGUACCUGGCCACGCGGCUGGUCAUCAUGUACGCGAGGUGCGGCGCGCUGGACGACGCGCGCAACGUGCUCGACGGGAUGCCGGAACGGAAUGUGGUGUCCUGGACGGCCAUGAUCUCGGGCUACUCGCAGAGCGGCCGGCACGCCGAGGCGUUGGAGCUGUUCGUCCGGAUGCUUAGAGCUGGAUGCAAGCCUAAUGAAUUCACUUUCGCAACUGUUCUUACAUCAUGUUCUGGCCCUCAAAGCAUACACCAGGUCAAGCAAGUCCAUUCUCUCGUUGCCAAAACAAAUUUUGAGUCGCACAUGUUUGUUGGGAGCUCCCUUCUUGACAUGUACGCCAAGGCAGGGAAUAUCCAAGAAGCUCGGAAGGUGUUCGACAUGCUUCCGGAAAGAGACACUGUUUCCUGUACUGCCAUUAUAUCUGGCUAUGCUCAGCUGGGCCUUGAUGAUGAAGCCUUGGACUUGUUCAGGCAGUUGUACAGUGCAGGGAUGCAAUGCAAUUAUGUUACUUUUACGACCCUUCUCACUUCAUUAUCUGGGCUGGCCUCCCUGGAUUAUGGCAAGCAAGUUCAUGGACUAAUACUUCGUAAAGAGUUACCAUUUUUUGUUGUUCUACAGAAUUCUUUGAUUGAUAUGUACUCCAAAUGCGGCAAGCUGUUAUACUCAAGGAGGGUAUUUGAUCACAUGCCACAGAGAUCAGCCAUCAGUUGGAAUGCAAUGCUUAUGGGAUAUGGUAGACAUGGCAUAGGGCAUGAAGUCGUUCAGCUCUUUAGAACUAUGACUGAAGAAGUGAAGCCUGACAGCGUUACCCUGUUGGCUGUUUUAUCUGGUUGUAGUCACGGUGGGCUGGUUGAUGAGGGCCUUGACAUAUUCGAUCUUAUAGUAAAAGAACAAAAUGCAGUUCUCAGCAUUGGGCAUUAUGGGUGUGUUAUUGAUCUUCUUGGACGCUCUGGACGACUACAGAAGGCUUUAUAUUUGAUACAAGAUAUGCCAUUUGAGCCAACUCCAGCAAUUUGGGGUUCAUUGCUUGGUGCUUGCAGAGUUCAUGUUAACGUUAGUGUUGGUGAGGUUGUUGCUCAGAGGCUUCUGGACAUGGAGCCAGGAAAUGCUGGAAACUAUGUGAUCCUUUCUAACAUUUAUGCUGCUGCUGGAAUGUGGAAAGAUGUUUUCAGAGUUAGGAACUUAAUGCUGGAGAAGACAGUGACCAAGGAACCAGGGCAGAGCUGGAUAAUUCUUGACAAGGUUAUCCACACCUUCCGCUCAAGUGAUCGUUUCCAUCCCAGGAAGAAAGAUAUAGAUGCUAAGAUAAAGGAGAUAUAUGUUGAUAUUAAAGCAGCUGGCUUUGUUCCGGACCUGAGCUGUGUUCUGCAUGAUGUUGACGAUGAGCAGAAAGAACGCAUGCUUCUUGGUCACAGUGAGAAGCUGGCAGUGACUUUUGGACUGAUGAACACCCCUCCAGGCUUGACUAUCCGGGUUAUGAAGAAUCUUCGUAUCUGUGUUGACUGCCAUAAUUUUGCGAAGUUUGUUUCAAAAGUCUAUGGAAGGGAGAUAUCUCUCAGGGAUAAAAAUCGGUUUCAUCUACUUACAGAUGGAGCUUGCACUUGUGGAGACUACUGGUGAAAGAAACAUUGAUGU